AUGAAGAUAUUCUCUCUUCAGUUGGACGACGGAGGACGUGUCUCUGGACGAGUAUCUCUUCCACCUGCUGCACCUGGGAAAGGCCAUCGUCCUCUGCUAGUCUGUUUUCAUGGAGGAAGCUAUGACUCCGAGUAUUUCGAUGCGACACCAGAGUACUCAAUUACCCAAAUUUCGGAUGCUCUGGGUAUACCUGUUGUGUCUAUCGAUCGACCGGGCUAUGGUGAUACUACACAACCUGCUAUACCACAAGGCGAAACUACAACCUAUGCACAGGUACAGGGCAAAUACAUCAAUGAGCAAAUACUUCCUAGGCUGUGGCAGGAAUACGGGACUCAAUCAGAAGCGACAGCUAUAGUUCUACUCAGUCACUCCAUCGGCGCCAUGAUGGCCACGAUCUCUGCGGCUUGCUGCGCAGGUACUACGAAGUAUCCACUGGCCGGCUUAAUUACUUCUGGGAUUGGAGCCGAAACAAAUCCGAUAGUGGCUCAGCAGUUCAAAAGCAUAGUCACACCCGGGCAAGAAUUUAUGACCUUCGACCCAGCCAUUAAAGAUGUGUCAAUGUUGCAACUUCCUCAUAAACAGCUGGCGGACCCAGCAAUAACUGAGUUCACUGCCAAUCUCAAUCGUCCGACUCCUAUUGGGGAGUUCAUAGAUAUCAACAAUACAUGGCUGUCGUAUUGGAAAAAAUAUUCUCAGGUUAUUGACGUUCCGCUCUUGUAUGGAAUCAGCGAGUUUGAUGAACUCUGGACGUCGACGCCUGAGAUCAUGGAGGAGUAUCGAGAUGCAUUCCCUUCAUGUCCGUGGAUUGAGAGCUCGAUCAUUACCCAGGCACCGCAUUGCAUUGAAUUGAGUUACCAGAGACGAGGAUGGCAGGCAAAGUGUUGCGGCUUUGCGCUAGAGUGCGCAACGUGGUAUGCUUUAACCAGGCGGGAUUGA